AUGCAGCUGCAGUUGGCACACGGGGCAACGGCGGCGGCAGCAGGCGUAACUGCACACGUCGGCUACUUCAACAGAGGAGAGCACCAUAGUAGCGGAGCGCGAUGGCUGGCUGGCGGUGCGGCGGCGGUGGGCACUACAGCCGUGUUGCGGCGAUAUGGAGCGACGGCUGCGCGUGGGCACAAUGAACAGGAGGACUGGCAGGCGUGCCUGGGCUGGGCACUCAGCGUCUGGAUAUGCUUUUUGGCUGGCCUCUAUACUACCAGUCUGCUCAUAUAUCGCCUGCUUCUCCACCCGCUCAACCGCUUUCCUGGCCCCUUUGCGGCGCGCAUCGGCGAUCUAUGGCUGUCGCUGCAGCUCGGCGGCCAUGACAUGGACCGGCUUAGCCAGCAGCUGAGCACUACAUACGGAGCCUAUGUGCGCGUCGGCUCCUCGACGUUGAUGCUCACCCACCCCCAGGCCGUGGCCGCCAUCCACGGGCCUGGCAGCCGCUGUCGAAAGGCAGCCAUCAAAGGGUUUGGCGACAGGGCGCUCCGCUCGUAUGAAGCGCGCGUCGCUGUCUAUGUGCAACACCUGCUCGCCCGUCUGGAGCAAGCCCGUGGCCAGCCCGUCGACGCUGCCCGGCUGACCGAGGCUUUUGCCUUCGAUACCAUGGGCGACCUGGGCCUGGGAAGCGACUUUGGUAUGCUGCACAGUGCCACAACGCACGCCGCCGUCCAACAGCUCGUCCAGGGCAUGACCAUCAUGGGCCGCCGGCUACCCAUGUGGCUGAUGCGCCUGCUCGUCGACAUUGCCCAGUCGCUCGUGCCCACCGAAGCAACAACGGGCUUCCUGGCCUUUUGCUACCGCCAUCUCGACCGUCUCCUGCUCAUGGACGACCUCGAGCGCGUCCAGCGGCCAAGCCUCAUGGCUCCCAUGAUUGCCCACUACGAGCACCAGCCACCCGCCCAUCGCGACCUAUCCGCCCUUCGCAAUGAUUGUCGUUUCAUAGUCAUUGCUGGUAGCGACACCGUGGCAGCCACUCUAGCAUUUGCCCUAUUCUACCUCGCCAAACAUCCCCAACACGUCCCUCAUGUACGGAAAGAGUUGCAGCCACUGCGGUCCGUCAACCGUCCGUUCCUCGACCAUCGCCUCCGUGAUGCUGCCCCAUAUCUCAACGCAAUCAUCAACGAGACGCUGCGCCUGCACCCUCCUGCAUCGACCAUCAUGCGCAUUACCCCACCCGAAGGCAUUACCGUCGCUGACACCUUUGUUCCGGGCGAUAUGACCGUCUUCUCCUCGCAGUAUGCCAUCGGGCGCUCCGAAGCCCUCUACACCAACGCUAAUGACUUUCGUCCCGAACGCUGGCACUCGCACCCUGGCCUAGUCAAAGAUGCAUCGGGCUAUGCACCCUUUUCAGUGGGCCAGCACAGCUGUCUUGGUCGGCCUCUCGCCCUCAUGGAAAUGCGUCUUGUUCUUGCCGAAAUUCUAUCUCAUUUUAGUCUAACGUUUGCACCCAACUUUGAUCAUGCCUCCUUUCUAGACCGUGUUCAUGAUUGCAUGUCGUGGCAUAUUAGCAGCUUGGACCUGUGUUUUACUCCACUUGACUGA